ACCCUCAGAUCAAAGCAGCCCCUGCCAGAGUCAGAUGCUUCUGGCCAGGCUCAAAAGUAGCUAGAUUCCCAUAGGGGUCUAACGCAAGGUGAGGAUGCUUACGGAGCAGUGAAGCAGCAGAGCCUCCAAACUCUUAAAGCGCAACCAUGUCUGGAAUGCCAUUCAAAGGAGAGGAAGGUGAAGAUCAUCGAGCUAAACAGGGUACGAACAAAGAAUCUCAACUGCAGGCUAUAGAAUCAAAGGAGGAUGAAGAAAUUACUCUUCCAACAGAGCAGGUGUCCUCGUCCCAGUCAUUACCUGUUACAAUGUAUGCAAGACGUGAUGCUUGUGGGCAGACAUCAGCUCUCAAUAUACCUACUUUUAAUUACCGACAUGAUACAGGUUUAAAGGAUUUUUCUGAUAGCUCCUAUAACUUUGGAAUUUGUAAAAAGAAUAUUGUAGCUGAGAGUAAAGAACAAAAGCAAGAGAAACUGAAGGAGCAGGGGCACCUCUAUCAUCCCAGUGAACCAGAGAGUGCGCCUCUACGUCAAAGCAUACAAGAUGAUGGGUCAGUGGACCCCAGCCAAGCUGCCUGGGAAGAGAUGUGUUAUUCACGGGUGUAUCAACCAGUGGAACGUUUCUCAUUUCCCAUGCAUUCAUUUGGGUGUGAAGUAAGUAGGUUUUUAACUGGAGCUGGAGGAAAAACAUUAGCCAGCCCUCUGUAUUCACUAAGGAGUGGAACUGAAUACCUCAAAGACACACAGAAAUAUGUCCAUUAUGGAAUUGGGAAGGGAGCAAAAGUGGAACCCCAACCUCCCAUUCAUUAUAAAACAGAGGUGUUUGUGAGCCCCACCGCACCACUGUCGCCACCUCCAUUACCGCCUGAUUGGCUUGCUCGCCUAAGACAGCCAAAGAGGGCAGAGGAUCCUGGAGCCAUCCAUUCCCCAUCUCAGUCUCCAUCCUCUGUUUUGGGAACUUCAGCAACAUCCCAACUGCUACGCCUCCAGACUACUCCUGAUGCAGGUCUUCCACUUCCUGCAACUAAUGUAGACUUAUCUCCAUCUGUACGUAAAAUUAUUCAACAUUAUGAAGUGCUUACUCAUGAUCUAUACCCACCAGAGGAAGAUAAAGGAGAUUUAUUCAACAUUAUGAAGUGCUUACUCAUGAUCUAUACCCACCAGAGGAAGAUAAAGGACAGUCUCCAACCAUGUCUCCUCUGGAAGCAAUCUCACGUAGAAUUGAAACAAAAGACACAGUUACAAAUCGAAUUGGAUAUGCUCCAGUUAUACAGUCACCAGCAUCUGUAG